AUGGCUCUGAGACAGAGGUUGCUAUCGCUGCUGCAGCUGUGGUGGUUGUUGGUCUUCUCCAGCUUGUCGAGCGCGCAGAAAUGCUGGAGGAACACCACGUGCACCGGCCCAGCUGACACGGCCUUUCCAGGGACGUGGGAGAAGAACAUCUACGCUCCGUCCUCCAGGACGGUUCGACCGCAAAAGAUUCUUUCCUCGCACGGUGAACCGGCCUAUCAGCCUGGUUCGGGGAAAUACGUCCUGAAAGGCAAUGGCUCCCAGAUCGUCUUCGACUUCGGCCUAGAGGUCGGCGGCAUAGUCACGGUGGACUAUACGGCUACAGGCGCUGGCACCUUGGCCCUGGCGUUUACAGAGGCCAAGAACUGGAUUGGCGAGUGGUCCGACUCGUCCAAUGGCGCUUUCAAGGGCCCUGACGGCUAUCUGGCCCAGAAUAUCACCAGGUCAGGGAAAGGGACGUACACGAUGCCUGACGACAAGCUGCGCGGAGGAUUUCGGUAUCUGACUGCGUUUCUGAUGACUACCAGCAACUCCACCAGCAUCGACAUCACCGACGUGUCCCUGGAAAUCGCAUUCCAGCCGACCUGGUCCAACUUGCGGGCCUACCAGGGAUAUUUCCACUCCAACGAUGAACUGCUCAAUCGCAUCUGGUACAGUGGAGCGUACACCGUCCAGACGAACGCGGUCCCGGUGAACACAGGCCGUCGGGUCCCGUUUGUGAGUUCCGGGUGGGAGAACGACGGCCUCCUGGGCCCGGGAGACACGAUCAUCGUGGACGGAGCGAAACGGGAUCGUGCUGUGUGGCCGGGAGAUAUGGGGAUUGCUGUGCCCUCGACGUUCGUCAGCAUAGGGGAUCUGGAGAGCGUGAAGAAUGCUCUUCAGGUCAUGUAUAACACACAGGAUCAAACAACUGGCGCUUUCGACGAAUCUGGUCCCCCUCUGAGUCAAAAAGGCUCGGAUACCUAUCAUAUGUGGACGAUGAUCGGUACCUACAACUACGUUCUCUUCACCAACGACACCGGGUUCCUCCUUCAAAACUGGAACGGGUAUCUAAAGGCUAUGGAUUACAUCUAUGGCAAGGUGGACCCUAACAGCGGCUUGCUGAAUGUCACCGGUACACGAGACUGGGCGAGGUGGCAGCAAGGCUACAACAACUCGGAGGCUCAGAUGAUUCUGUAUCAUACCUUGACAACGGGAGCCCAACUGGCUGAAUGGGCAGGCGAUACAACGGGGUUGGCGAGCAACUGGACAACGAGGGCAGCAAAUCUCCAAAAGGCAGUCAAUGAGUACUGCUUCGAUGACUCCUACGGCGCCUUUAAAGACAACGCAACCGCCACGACCUUGCAUCCGCAAGACGCGAACAGCAUGUCGGUCCUGUUCGGAGUGGCAGAUGAAGAUCGCGUCGCCAGUAUCUCUGACAAGCUGACGAAGAACUGGACCCCCAUCGGUGCCGUCGCGCCAGAGCUGCCAGAAAACAUCUCGCCGUUUAUCUCGUCCUUUGAAAUCCAGGCACACUUUGUGGCCGGCCGAGCCGACCGGGCCCUGGACCUCAUCCGGCGCAGUUGGGGCUGGUACAUUAACAACCCCAAUGGCACGGAAAGCACCGUCAUCGAGGGAUACCUGCAGAAUGCGACUUUUGGAUACCGCAGCAACCGCGGAUACGACUAUGAUGCUUCGUAUGUCUCGCAUUCGCACGGAUGGUCUUCCGGUCCCACGUCCGCGUUGACCAACUACGUGCUGGGCUUGUCAGUUACGGCACCGCUGGGAUCGAGUUGGAAGCUCGCUCCGCAGUUUGGCGAUCUGCAGUCUGUCGAGGGCGGCUUCACCACGGCACUGGGCAAGUUCCAAGCUUCGUGGCAGAGGAGCAACGGAAGCUAUGUCUUGGCCUUCGAGGUGCCCGCGGGGACGAACGGGGAUGUCAUCCUUCCUCUGCCAGCGGGACAGAAAAACCUGUCUGUGACACUGAACGGGCAGCCCGUAAACAACGCCAUGCGUGUGGACAAUGGGAAGAACACGGGAACCAUCAUUAUACCAAACGGGGGGAGGUAUCAGAUAGCUGUCAGUGUGGGUAAUUAA